AUGUUCUCCGCGUUUCUCGUGUCUUUUACAAUCUUCACGACAGCCUGGUGUUGUCCCAAACACGAUAAUUACCAAUCACAUCACCCGCACCUCGGCCGAAGACAAGUCAGGAUCGACGUCGGACGAGCACCCAAGGACUGGGACUACGACCACUCUGCCGACUGGCAUACGAUCAAACCUGAGUAUCACCUAUGCCAGUCCGGAACUCACCAAUCGCCCAUCAACAUCGCUGGCCAAGCACUCGCGCAGCAGCAACAUCAACCAACGUUUGAAGGAUACAAGAACGAAGUUAUUGCCGGCAACUUCUUCAAUUGGCAGUUCGCACCGGCAUUCACGCCACACCACGCCGAGGGAGACGUCACGCAACUGCCCAGCAUGAAGUUCGACGGCCGCGACGUCUUCCUCACGGGCUGGCACAUCCACGCUCCGUCGGAGCAUCUUGUGGAUGGCCGGCGGAGUCGGGCAGAAAUCCACAUGGUCCACGUCACAGAGGAAGACGAGGAGGCUGCAGUGGUUGGAAUCCGGGUGGGAGUAGGCCCUGCAGAGUCGGAAUCGGCCUUUAUCAAACAGCUGGGGCCCAUGGUGCAUUUCAACGAUACCUCGCAGGUCGAGGGUCUGCAGGUCAACGUCCGUCUCGCCAUUGAAGAGGUCGGCGGUCUCCAGGAGUAUUGGACCUACAAGGGCAGUUUGACCACCCCGCCUUGUAGCGAGGGUCUGCGUUGGUUUAUACCUAAGCAAGAGCUGCUGGUUAGUGAGGCCCAGAUGGUUGAGAUUCUUGCUGCCAGUAGGUUCUCGCACCGCGUGACGCAGGAGGUUUGGCUGCACGAUAUAAAUCUUUGA